AUGGACAAGCCAAGUUCGAUGCCUCCCCAACAAAGCCUACUAGAAGAUGGCACACAGGACCAGGACGGAAACGAUGCCGGUAGUGGCACUACCAUUCCAGUGGCAGAUGCCACUCCUGUUGCUGCCGGUCAGACUACCACUACCGCUGAUGCUCCGCUUGUGACUGUACAGCUCAUUCCAGAUUCUAUGCCAUCCGAGAAUACCCGUACUAGUACGUGUACCACUAGUACACAACUGGAAGACGAAGGCGGAAAUACCACAAGAAAUAAUGACGCUCCCGGUAAUAUCAUUACUACCGCUAGCAGCGUUCGAGCAGAAGACAGAAAUAAUGAAGAACCGGAAACAGUCGAUAACCACACCAACAACACGAACACCAACAACAACCAUACCGGUAGCAAUAUUACCACAUGUACUAACCAACCAGAAUCCGUUCUACCAGUUCCCGAAUCCCCAGCGGGAGGAGUUUGGACUCCUACCUUGAUUCACCUCAAGACCGAGGCGGUACACGAACACGAUUCUCAAGCGCAACCAUCACCAUCCACCAUGGUAACGGCACCCAUGCCACAUCAAGACGCAGACAUUGAAGCACCAACAACGACAAAGCAGCAAAGUGUCGACAAUCGACAGUUUGCAUUGAGGAACUCAAGGCUCAAAUUGAUGGCUUUGGUCCUCCUUGCCGUGGGAAUUGCUGUGGCGAUUGCCAUCUUUGCUGCGGGAAGUAGUGGCAACAGUGGGAACGAUCGUGGAGGGGUACAAAGUGUAGCACGCGGAGUGCCUCUUGGUGUCGAUACCAUGGCGCCUUCUACAGGUGGCGUCGCCGUAUCCGUUACUCCAUCUACGAAUGCUCCAACUACUACGACAGAGCCCACAACCAAUGAACCAACGACAACACAACCAGCUACAUCUCAACCUUCUCUAAAUCCCACCACUCCAGCGACAUCUUCAACUGUUGCAAGCACAGGAUCGGACACAGUGGAGUUGUUUGGGCAACCACAAGUUGUCGGGGACGGUGCCCAGCAAUCUCUGUUUCAACCAAGCUUUGUAUCGGGUAAAUGUGGCUUGUGA